CAUAUAUACACUAAACUGUGUAUCACAUGUACUAGGACACCAGUCUAGUGAUGCUCGCGUUUGGUUGCAAAUAAUAUUAUGAAACUAUAAGGACAACGGUUAAGUAGCUGUCAGUACGAAAACGUGCACACCGACUUGGAGUAGUAAUAAAAAUGCUCGUACCGAGGUUAGGCAUGAUUUCAUCAUGUUUAUGUCGAAUAAGCAGACCAUCUUACGUAGUGAUAAAAAAAAAUUACGCUAGAGAAAUUACCGAAGAAUUAAAAAAGAAAGAGGAUGAAGAGGACGAUGACAGACCCAUUCCUUUAUCCACAUCACCAGCAUCAAAGUGGCUGGCAAAAUGGAACCGCGAGCCACCUCCGCCAGAGUAUGUCUGGUAUACACCUUAUGUAAUAUGGACAAGCUUAAUUACAUUUAUGUUGUACUUUUGUGUACUCAGAGAAGAAAAUGACAUUGACGAAAUGAUGUACAAGCCUCUGCCACAAACUAUUGAAGGCCUUGAUAAAUUAUUCCCUCAUAUUGAUUUUGAUCGUAAGCCUGAAUUUGUGGUGUAUCAUGAACAGCAAAAGUUACAAAAGGCACAGGAACAAAAAAGUAGAUGAUUUCAUUGUUUGCUGUGUUUUAUAGAUUAGCCGCGUUUUUUUUUUUUUUUGGAUAAGGAGUCUUUUCCAAAAUAAACAGUCAUUAAAAUGUACAUAUUUUGAGUUAACCAAUAAAACGUGUUUAGGUAAUUA